UCGAUCACGGGUGGCCAGGCUAUGCAGCUUAGAAAGUUGCUACGCAGGUGGGUCCCCAAGGACUAACAUUAAGACAAAGACCGAAUGGCCAAGUCAGGAAAGCCGACGAGGAAUCUCCUAAGUUGUGGUGACGAAUAUUCCUCCGGCUCCUCUGGCUCAUGCGAUUAUCCAGGCUGAAGCAGCGACUCGAUACACCCCCCCGGCUUUACUUUGAAUUCGUUGCCCAGAGAGGCCUCAAUAAGCGUCGAGGUUGGCCUACGCAUAGCCAAUGGCGCGCCGUCACCGUGGGACGAGCGUUCCUCGUAUACGUCGACCAAACGGAUAUGGAUAUGUCUUACACACCCACUAGCUGCGCGCCGACGAAUCUUUCCACGGCUCAGAGACCUCCUGAGCAGGACACCGCCAAACGACCCUCUUGUGCGACACAAGGACUCUUGGCCCCUAUGGCCCUGCUCUUCACUUCUUGGGUGGUUUUCCAGCCUGCGGCCAGAUGCCUCCCUCCCGUCAGGCUGAGAAGAACUUGCUGGCAGCCGCGAAACAUCGGGUCGUCUAUGCCGGCCAUUGCUGGAACGAAAGUGCGAGGCAAGCAGCUCCCGAGUUCCAGGCUAGGCCGCAAUCGAGGGUUUCCAAGCCUGCAGCACACCCGCCCCCGCAUGCUCUGGAACGAAGAAAGAAAGAAUGGGCAUGUCUGGGGCACCGGCACUGGCGUCCCCCGGCGCGCUCUCACUGGCUGCCAAUGUCUCAAGUGCGGCGGUAAGAUGCGUUCGAGGAGUUUUCACGGCGUGGUGUUGGUUGCCGGCGUAGGGAAGCUCAAUGCCCGGGGGGCAAUUGUUAGCGCCAGGCGGCCCUGUCCUCACCGGAAGCACCAAGCGGCUAGCCAUGUUCACCUGAGGACCUACGGAGGAUGUAUUGAGAUAUUCGUAUGGAGAGCAUGGCACCAGUGGCUGUCUACUAGUAGUGGCUGUCUACUGGCAGUGGCUUUACUAGGAACGAGGGACAGACAACAAGGGUGGCCGUUGUCAAAAUAGCGCAUGGCCAUAGCACAGCAGAAAGCGUGAUCCCCGCUGAGGGCGUUUUGGUACGGUAGUGUGGGUGGCACGGCGGGGUUAGGGGACCACAAAGGCGGGGUGUUCCAACGUCACGCCAGCCCUUC